AUGGGUUGCAAAAAUACGAAAAUACACGUAUUACCACAAUUAAUUACUUUUGAUGAAUUACCCGUAGAAAUUAUUUAUAAAAUCCUAAAUGAAUUGGAUAUAUGUUCAAUUUUUCAAUCUUUAUUUCAUGUAUGUAAACAUUUAGAUGAAAUUUUAUCAUCUUAUAAUGAAUAUCAUUUAAAUUUGAAAACAAUUUCAUUAAAAACAUUUCAUUUUAUUUCUUCACAUAUUCGCCCAGAACAAAUUACACAAUUAACAUUAUCUGAUGAUGAAACUAGUGUAGGAUUAAUUGAAUUAUUUCUUUCAAAAUAUUCUAUGAGCACAUUAGUUCGUCUUCGUUCAUUAACACUUAUACAAAUUCAAAAUGAAGAACUCAUAAAUCAAAUAUUAAUUCCAAUCGCCGAUCAUAGUACAUUAUUAAAUUUUACUUCAAUUAGAAUCAUUAAUGAUGAUGAAAGUUAUAGUGAUACUUUUAUUGCAUUACUCAUGUCUAUUCUCAGUAAACCUACACUUCAAAAAGCUUAUCUUGAUUUAUCCUAUGAUCGAACAACAUCAAAUCCAUUACCUUGGUCUGAACAAUGUUCAAUUAGACAUUUAACAUGUAUAGGGACUUGUACACUUAAUUUUAUUCGAAAUACUUUUAAACAUGCACUUCAAUUAGAAACAUUUAUAACAGAUGAUUUUGAUUUUAGUGAUGAGAAUGAUUUGAAUCAGAGUUCAAAUAAUCAAGAAACCGAUGAUGAUGACGAUGAAGAUAGUGAUGAUAGUGAUGAUUCGGAGGAAGUCGCAAUUGAAUUACCAGCAAAUAAUAAUGAAAAUCAGGUACCAAAAAAAGAAAAAUUUACAUCUAUUGAAUCGACUAAUUGUUUAAAAUCAUUAACAUUAAAUUUUUGUACAUUUAAUAUGUUAAAACUCGAAUGGAUAUUACAAGAAAUACCAACAUUAAAACAAUUUAGUUUAAUUACUACAAAUGGAUAUGAUGAUGAAACAAUUUUAGAUGGUCAUCGAUGGGAAAUUCUUGUUCCACACAUAGAAAAAUUUCAAUUUAUUUUUUCAGUUACUUUAUCAGAUUCUUCAUCAUGGAAUAUCGAUACAUGUUUAACAACAUUUCAAAAACCAUUUUGGAUUCAACAAAAACAAUGGUUUAUAGCAUUAGAAAAAUAUGAUGAUGCAGUUCUUCUCUAUACAUUACCAUACGCAGAUAUAAAUUAUAUUAUGAAAACUGAAAUAACUUCAUUUGAAUAUCGUUCAACAGCUAUGAAAAAUUCACUUUUACAAGUUCAAACGAUGAAAAAUGUUCGUGAUUUGUAUAUAGAUACAUCAGAGUCAAUUAAAUCUCUAUUAGAGAAUCCUAAUGUUCCUCGUUUUUAUAAUAUUAAACAUUUAAUUCUUCAUGGUAAAUGGUCAAAAUCGAAAACAUUUCUUUCUGAUAUACAAACACUUGUAGAUUUCAAUACAAUUGAAGAAUUAACUAGAAAUGAAUCGAUUCCUACAAGUGAUUUUAGUAUUUUAUUAAAUCUUCUAUCGAAUUUACAAACAAUAAGAACGACAACGAAUUUACUUGAUGCUUUAAAUGCUGCUAAAAUAUGUUAUACAAAUUGUUUACGUGAAUUUAUUGUUGAUUCAAAUUAUCAUGAAGAUCAACGAACUGUUCAUAUUGAACCAUUUUGUGCUAUGUUUCCUCGUAUUCAACAUUUAAAUAUUCCAAUCGAUAGUGUUGAAAGUUGUCAAUAUGCUCUUGAUCAAUUACAUCAAGAUCUCAUCAAUGUUAUUUUUCAAAUACCUACUCUUGAUACUUCAAGUGAUAUCGAUGAUACCGAUGAUGAUGAUGAUGAUGAUGAAGAUGAAAGUGAAGAAGAGGAUGAUGAUAAUUCAACAAUUAAUUUAUUUACUGAAUGGAUAAAAGAAUUACCACAAAAAUAUACUUGUCAUAGAAAACAACAAUACCUUCAUAUAUCACUUAAAUAA